UGUUAGUGCGGAAAAACUUGGAAGUGGCGAAGGAGGCCGUGAAUUUUCCCGAAGCUCUUCUUUUCGUCCACGCCGCGUUUUUACAGGCCUGUGAUGUGAGUGACCGUGUGUGUGAAUGUGUCCGUGAGUGUCUCCCGUGUUUGUCCGUGAUGUUUCCCAGUGAAUCUUGACGUGAGUUUGCCCGUUUGGCGGUGUUUUUAGAGGGGGGGGUGCCCCCCAAUGGUGUGUUCCGAGGUUCUUCUGCCGCCGACGAAAGACGGAUUUUCCCCCGUAGACAUAGGUGGAUGUGUAAGUGCGGUAAUCCUGGACGACAUAGGUGAAUGAGUGAGUGAGCGAGUAAGUGAGCGAGCGGUAUACCAUCCUCCAUCCUAUUGCCGUGCUCGUGGACCAUUUUGUAGGCAUGUGAUAUCAUAUAUGAGUGCGUGUGUAUGUGCCUAAAGAAGAGUCGGGGAGCCUUGGGUUUGGUGGGCUUGGUGGGUUUAGUGGGUGCCCGUGUGUGUGUGCAUGUGGAUUGGGCAGGGAUGAUGUUGAUUUGACUCUGAGCCGCCAUCUCGGGUAGACAGACCUCCGUUCGCUCCAUAUUGGGAAAGGCGGUUUUUGGACAUAGUUCUUGACACUCACCACUCACUCGGGCCCGAUUUCAGCCUUCCAACAUGACUUGAACGCCAGUGGAACGGGAAUUAUUAUUCGAAACGUGACGAUUCGAUUGGGACAGUCAUCCCGAAUCGAAAAGCCUUCAUCACCGCCCAAGGCCGCCCCGCCCCACCCCACCCAUACCCAGGCUAUUGAUUUGUUGUCCACUGAGGUCUGCCUGUUGGUUGGGAUCAGCGUGUGCCUUUGAGCCACCGCUCGAAUAUGAUGCAGAGUGCCAACAAUGGCCAUCAUGGGACCCAUCCCUCGGCCUCAUCUCACUACCCGCCCCAUUUGGACCCGCGUUACAUGGAUUACGCCAACAUGGCCCACCAUCACUCCAGUGUGGUGGAUCCUCAUCUGCACUACCUUCCUCCCUCGGCUUUGCCCCAAAGUCAUCUGGGCUCGGGAUUGAAACGCAAUGCCGACUCGGCUGGCUUGGACAUGAUGAGUGGCACGCCCUCCUCUGCCGGAGGCAUGUCCUCCGACGAGGAUAGUGACGUCAAACCGCCACUAGGCGAGCGAACUGCCGGGACUGGUCGAGGCAAAAGUACGGGGCCCGAUCCAGCAACCGGCAAGAAGACCAAAGGCCGAGUGAAAAUCAAAAUGGAGUUCAUCGACAACAAACUCCGACGUUAUACGACCUUCUCCAAGAGAAAAACGGGCAUCAUGAAGAAGGCCUACGAAUUGUCAACCCUCACGGGGACUCAGGUGAUGUUGCUGGUGGCGUCUGAAACGGGUCACGUGUACACGUUCGCCACCCGCAAACUCCAGCCUAUGAUCACGUCAGAUGCCGGCAAGGCUCUGAUCCAGACCUGCCUCAAUUCACCCGAUCCCAUGCCGCCUGGUAGCGUGCAAAAUGGCGAUCAACGGAUGUCGGCCACGGGUUAUGAAGAGACUGAACUCACUUAUAACAUUGCCGCUGCUGCAGAUGAGGAACAGCAACAGAAAGUUGACCAUGUCGGGGAGGAAAGUGGCGAAGGUGAGGAGGAGUCUGAGGAAGGCGAUCGGGAUUUUUCGACCUCCCUCAAUGAAGAGGAGGAAAUCGAACCUCCACCUUCAUCCAUAGCCAAACCACCAAGGAUUCAUCCCAAACUGGCCUUCAAAGCCCAAGCCCUAGCCUCAAGUAAAGGCAAGGGAAUGGGUAAACGGGUAAGUGCUGCCAAUUUUCAACAAAUUACGGGGGAAGCUCCUAAGAGCAUCAUGGGCCAACCUCCUCCGCCUCCACAACCAUCCGUCGCUCAUCAUGGAACCCAUCCGAUUGGUUUUGUACCUACCAAUCCCAGUGCUUCCAUUUCGUCCAGCUCUUCCAUAAGGUCUGUGAAUGAGCCACAAUUAGGGAACCUCAUAAUGAUGAUCCCCGGUCCUACGACAACCACAACAGUCACAAAUAUGGCUUCCCAGUCGAGUUCUAGGGUGAACAGCCUCCCACCUGAGGUCAAAUUACAAUUGAUCAAUACCGGUCACAUGGUCACCCCUGAAGGAACCCUGAUCCGGAUUCCGGUCCCUUUGACCACUCACGGACCAAUCUCCAUGGUAGUGCCUCAACAACGAAUGACCAAUGACCCAACCAUGACUACAGCCAUCCAGAGAUUUCCAUUGAAGAAGCCUCCGUAGAAACAGAAAAUAGUGCAAAGCUUGAAUUUUCAUCAUAUAAACCAUUCGGGCUUAUGCUCUCUGCUAACUCUUCGGUACUCUUUUCAAUACAAACACGCAACCUCAAA